UUCCUUGGCAGCGGGGGGAAGGGGCGGAGCUUCGAGUUCUCUCGCCUUUGCCACAUAGUCAUCCGCUCUAACGGCGGUUUAAAAAGGUACAAAUAUACCGUUUUCUGUCCCGGACGGAGCGCCAUACGGUUAAUUGUUAUGUUAACUAUAUAAAGAAGCUAAUUAGUGACGUGUGUCUCGUUUUACGGUUCGCUUUUGAGAAUAGUAGCGUUUAACGGCCCCGUCGAUCCAUGGCUAAAGACCCGUUAGCCGAGGCCGGCUUUUAUUUCGAUGAGCUCAACAAGCUGCGGGUCCUGGAGCCCGACGUCAGCCAGAAAACCUCCGAGCUCAAGGAAGAGUGCAAAGAAUUUGUGGACAAAAUCGGCCAGUUUCAGAAGAUCGUGGGGGGUCUGAUUGAGCUGGUGGACGAGUUGGCGAAAGAAGCGGAGACGGAAAAGAUGAAGGCAAUCGGAGCCAGAAACCUGCUGAAGUCAGUGGCGAAGCAGCGAGAAGCCCAACAGCAGCAGCUCCAGGCUCUCAUAGCGGAGAAGAAGAUGCAGCUGGAGAGGUAUCGCAUCGAGUACGAGGCCUUGUCCAAAGUGGAGUCGGAGCAGAACGAGUUCAUCGACCAGUUCAUCCUGCAGAAGUGACGACGCGGCGACCGCGUUCCCACAGUGCCUGACCCGCUUCCUCCGGGCGACUUCAGAGGGCGACUUCAGGGGGCGACUUCAGGGGGCGACUUCAGGGGGCGACUUCAGAGGGCGACUUCAGAGGGCGACUUCAGAGGACGACUUCAGGGGGCGACUUCAGGGGGCGACUUCAGAGGACGACUUCAGAGGGCGACUUCAGGGGGCGACUUCAGAGGGCGACUUCAGAGGGCGACUUCAGAGGACGACUUCAGGGGGCGACUUCAGGGGGCGACUUCAGAGGACGACUUCAGAGGGCGACUUCAGAGGGCGACUUCAGAGGACGACUUCAGAGGGCGACUUCAGAGGACGACUUCAGAGGACCGUUUCUCUGAAGCCCAAAACUCAAGACAGAGAACUCCUCUUUGUCCGGCUUCUUUUCAUGUGUGUGUGUGUGUCUGAGUGUGAGUGUGUGUGUGCCUGUGUGGCUGUGUGUGUGUGUGCAGUGUGUGUCUGUGACCGUCUCAACAUCUCAGACCAAUCAAAGAAGGCGGAGCUAUUCAUACAGAGGAAUAUUAUUUAUACUAUUUAUACUGAAGGACUCUGUGCGUCUAGUUUUACUACUUUUUGUAUCAAUUUCAAUUCUGCAUGUGCAUGAAAUGUAAAUAUCUUCAUGUUUUAAAAAGAUGGAAGUUGAUCAUCUGGGUAAUCGUCACUAUUUCUUUCUUUUAUUCCGUUCCUCUGGUUCAACCAGUCAGUUUGUGUCAAGUCAUUGUUCAUGUUUUCACACUUGAAUAAAUACUGUGUCAUAUUGCACAAUA